AUGGCUACCAAACUUGAACAGCUGAAGGAGACCACAGAGGAAACGAUCAAAAAGCUGACGGCACAGAAUGAGUCAUCUCAAAGCGAAAUGGAGACCUUGAAAAGGACGCUUUAUGCCAAAUUCGGCGAUCGAAUUAAUCUUGAGGCUGAGAAGGAUCCUUGA